UUCCUUCAAAGUAUAUGAUUAUUAUCAAUGCUUCUUACACACAGGCAAUCAAGGCAAUUGAUUAAGUUAAUUAAUAAUGUGUUUGUGGUUCAAACUCGAGCUUUUAUGUUUCUUUUCAUGCAUAAGACUUCCAGUGCUAAUGCAUUACGAAACUUUUUGUCUGAAAUUUUAUUUUUGGGGGAUCAUUUGCUGUGCUUUAUAAUCUUGGACCAUAUUUUGAUUAGUCUCAAACUUUUACAAAGAAUCAAUACAACAUCUGCUUCAUGUUGGUGCAUUUCCAGAACUCUUGAAUUGGGGAACGGUAGGGGGACCUCUCUGGUCUUUUAUGCUUUUAAGAUUAAGAAGCUCCCUACUCACUUACAUAUUGCACCAUAUAAUGACUUGAGGAACCUAGGGAAGAUGUUGAAAUUUGAAAAUAAGGUAAAUACACAUCUUACAUCACGCCCAAUUUUACUUACUCGGCAUGGAGAAAGUGAGGAUAAUGUGAGAGGAAGAAUUGGAGGAGAUGCUGCAUUAAGGUAUAUUCUCAUAAUCUCAUAUUUGGCCUCUGAUUCUGUUGAGAAGCCAAUUGAUAAACUGAUUGGUGGCCUUCUAAUCGAUGGAUUCGAUGAAAGAUCUUGUCUCAGCAGGUAUCAAUUAGCCAGUUAUCACUAAUCUUUGCUGAAACUAAGUAUU